UAAGAUUAACCACCCAAACAAAAGCCUCUCUCCCUUUCUCUCCCUGUCUUUUCUUAUGUCUCAGCUUCCAUGAUCUUGAGAUACUACUAGCAAUUCCAGGACCAUAUCAAUCAACUUGACACCCAGAUACACCCUUUUCUUGCUCCAAAAAAUGAGAGUUUUACUCAUGAACUUAGAGUAGCUGAGGAUUGAUUUCUACUAAGACCAAGCUUUUGGCUCUUUCUUUUCUUUUUUCUUUUUUUGGGUUUUUGGUGGCAAUCUGAGAAAUCAUGAUGAGGUUGGUCUUUUUCCUGGCAAUCUUACUUGCUGGGAUUCAUGUCAUCUGCUCAUUCACUGAUCCUGGUGACUCUGCUGCACUCCAAGCUCUAAGGGGAAUAUGGCAGAACACGCCGCCCAGCUGGGCGAAAGAUGACCCUUGUGGGGUACCUUGGGAUGGCGUGACCUGCAACAAUUUGAGGGUGACCGCAUUGGGCCUUUCAUCUAUGAACAUCAAAGGGUCAUUGAGCGGUGACAUAGGAGGCCUAACAGAGCUAAGAUCUUUGGAUCUGUCCUUUAGCCAAGACCUUACUGGUUCCCUCACGGCCCGGCUAGGAGACUUAUCAAAUCUUAAUACUCUAAUCUUGCAAGGUUGUGGCUUCACCGGCAAUAUUCCUGACGAGCUAGGCAAACUUUCUCAGCUGACCUUCCUGGCUCUCAACAAUAAUAAGUUCACUGGUAGUAUACCUGCUUCCCUGGGGAAUCUGUCACAACUCAGUUGGCUCGAUUUGGCCGAAAACCAGUUAACUGGAUCUAUACCGCUCUCAGAUAACAAUAACCCUGGAUUAGAUCAUCUCCUAAAUGCCAAGCACUUCCAUUUCAACAAGAACCAGCUCUCAGGUCCCAUACCUCGCGAACUAUUCAGCGCGAAUAUGAAUCUGAUACAUGUAUUAUUCGAUCAUAAUCAAUUUAAUGGAUCGAUCCCACCCGCAAUAGGACUCGUUCAGACACUUGAGGUUCUUCGUCUUGACAGGAAUUCCUUUUCGGGAGAAGUUCCAUCAGAUAUCAGCAAACUUGUGAACGUCAAUGAAUUGAAUUUAGCUUAUAACAGACUGAAUGGUUCUUUCCCCGAUUUAAGCAGCAUGAUCUCGCUUAACUCCGUGGAUCUUAGCAACAAUUAUUUCAACCAAACAACUGUUCCAGCUUGGUUCUGGACCUUACCAUCGCUUACCACUCUGGUUGUAGAGUAUGGACCGCUUCAAGGGACUAUACCAGAAGAAAUCUUCAGCAAUCCCCAAAUUCAACUUGUAGAUUUAAGAAACAACACACUCGAGGGCGCAUUGAACAUGAGCAACAACAUUGGCCCAGACCUCGUGAGCGUUGAUCUGCAGUAUAACCAGAUUUCCUCAGUCACGCAGAAUUCUUUUUCAUAUACCAAUAUACUGAUGUUAUUAGGCAAUCCCGUCUGCAACAAAGAUCUUGGGAAUACCAUGUACUGUCUGCCUCAGCAACCUGCAAAAUCUUAUACUACCAGCCUCGCGAGUUGUGGGAACAAAUCUUGUCGACAGGAUCAAAAGCUCAGCCCUCAUAGUUGCAAUUGCGCUUUUCCAUACGAAGGAAUGUUAUAUUUCAGAGCACCUUUCUUCAAGGAAACAAAUGCGAACUUGUUUCAGCAACUAGAAAAGAGCCUUUGGACGAAUUUGGACCUCGCCCCAAACUCGGUUUUCAUAGACGAUCCCUUCUUUAAUACAGACGACUAUCUGCAAGUUCCAGUGGCGUUCUUCCCAGCCGAGGGGAAGUAUUUCAACCGGUCAGAAAUCGCGAGGAUGGGAUUUGACUUGAGCAACCAAACUUUUAAACCGCCAAGAGUUUUCGGCCCUUAUUACUUCAGUGCCUUGCCUUAUGCUUUUCAAGCUCACCGAAGAUCCUGGAGCUCUGGGGCAAUUGCCAGCGUCACAGUUGGAUGUGGAACUCUACUACUUGGCCUCAUUGCAGUAGGUGCAUAUGCGGUCCGGCAGAAGCAACGCGCAGAGAAGGCUAUCAGCUUGAGCAAACCCUUCGCAUCGUGGGCGCCGAGCGGGAAGGACAGUGGAGGCGCACCUCAGCUGAAGGGAGCAAGGUGGUUUUCUUACGAUGAACUCAAAAGGUGCACCAAUAACUUUUCUGAAAAAAACGAGAUCGGUUCUGGAGGCUAUGGCAAGGUCUACAGGGGAAUGCUCCCCAAUGGACAAAUGAUCGCAACCAAAAGAGCUCAACAAGGAUCGAUGCAGGGCGGUCUCGAAUUCAAGACGGAGAUCGAGCUCUUGUCGAGAGUUCAUCACAAAAAUCUCGUCGGGCUCGUGGGUUUCUGCUUCGAGCAGGGAGAGCAGAUGUUGAUCUAUGAAUUUGUGCCUAACGGAACACUCAGAGCGAGCUUAUCAGGAAAAUCCGGAAUUCACCUUGACUGGAGGAGGCGACUCCGGAUCUCUCUCGGGUCUGCUAGGGGGAUAGCGUACCUUCACGACCUUGCGAAUCCUCCUAUAAUCCACCGAGACAUUAAGUCGACUAACAUCUUGUUGGACGAAAAUCUAAUGGCAAAAGUUGCCGAUUUCGGCUUGUCCAAGCUGGUAUCGGACAGCGAGAAGGGGCAUGUUUCGACUCAAGUCAAGGGCACACUGGGCUAUCUGGAUCCGGAGUACUACAUGACCCAACAACUAACGGAAAAGAGCGACGUGUACAGCUUUGGCGUGGUCAUGCUCGAGCUGAUAACCGCAAGGCAGCCGAUUGAAAAGGGCAAGUACAUUGUGCGGGAAGUGCGCACGGCGAUGGACGCGAAGGAUGAUGAGUAUUAUGGCCUGCGAGAAAAAAUAGAUCCAUCAAUCAGAAACCCGGGAUAUCUCGUCAGCUUCGCUAUAUUCCUGGAGCUGGCCAUGAGGUGCGUCGAGGAGUCAGCCUUGGACCGCCCCACGAUGAGCGAGGUGGUAAAGACAAUCGAGAGCAUCUUGCAGCACGAUGGAGUCAACACGAACUCGACUUCUGCCUCAUCGUCCACCACGGAGUUCGGAGCAUCGAAGGGACCACCUAAGCAUCCUUACAAUGACACCAUGCCGAAAUUGGACACUAGCAACGAGAGCAACAACUCCUUCGACUACAGUGGCGGGUACACAGUUUCCCCGAAGAUCGACCCAAAAUAGCAGAUCAUCUGUCCUAUUAAAUAGUUGUGUUCGGCACUUUGUGAUUCAGAUGUUCCUGUCACUAGUCUUUUAAUCUUUUCAUUUGUAAAAAAGAAAAAGGAGGAGGAGAUUAGCUUGGCUUCAAUGCAAUAAGAGAUGACACAUGCAUGGGUAAGGCUGCAGCAACAUGAGCAGAACUUUUGAGGAAGACGAGGGAUUGAUGAGUAAACUUCAUAUGUCCUCUAUUCGUAAAGCUAAUAUUACCAUGAAGCAGACAAU